AUGAAGCUCGUGCUCCUGGCCCUCGUCGCGUCGUUCGGGAGCGGCUCCGCAUUGAAGCCCGUCAGUCGCCGCGCCCUCGGCGCCGGCGUCGCGUCCGGCGUCGCCGGCCUCGCGGCGCCCAAGGUCGCCGUCGGCGCCGGCGCGACGACGGUCUUCGUCGCCGGCGCCACGGGCCAGACGGGCCGGCGCGUGCUCGAGCGCUUGGUGGCGCGCAGCGACGUCGCGCCGAGCGCCGGCGUGCGCAACGUCGACAAGGCGAAGAAGACGCUCGGCGAGGCGUCGACGGCGGUCCGCGGCGCGAUGGUGCAGCAGGUGUCGGCCGUCGACGCGACGGGCGUCGACUUCAAGAAGUUGGACGUCGUCGGCGACGACGUCGCGACCAUGGCCGCGGCGCUCAAGGGCUCCUCGGCGCUGGUCAUCGCCACCGGCUUCGUGCCCGGCAACCCGCUGAAGAUGGACAGCGCGGCGCACGCCGUCGACAACCUCGGCACCGUCGCGCUCGUCGACGCGGCCAAGGCCGCGGGCGUGAAGAAGGUCGUCCUCGUGUCGUCGAUCCUCACGAACGGCCGCGCGUGGGGCCAGGAGAACUCGCCGGGCUUCCAGAUCACGAACGCCUUCGGCCACGUGCUGGACGAGAAGAUCGUCGCGGAGAACUACCUCCGGAAGAGCGGCCUCGACUACACGAUCGUCCGCCCGGGCGGCUUGAAGGCGAAGCCGCCGACGGGCCCGCUCGUCGUCGCCAAGGAGGACACGCUCAACUCGGGCGAGGUCUCCCGGGACCUCGUCGCCGACGUCUGCGUCGCCGCCGUCUUCGACGCCAAGGCGUCCAACAAGGUCGUCGAGAUCAUCGAGAAGGACGGCUCCCCGCCCGCGCCCGUCGGCGGCAACAUCUUCGCGGGCGUGUGA